UGACGACUAGACACCAAGCAGGAGAGAGAAUAGAAGACUUGUCCUCGUCGUCCGUGUUCUUUUUUGUACUGUAUAACAUUUUCAAUGUGAAGGAUACAAGGUUUUCACUGGAGAUGUAAAAAAAUAUGGUGGGGACACAUCGGGUCCAUUUGCAAAAUGCAGAGGAACUUCCGGCUCUCUCACUCGGCAGCCUUUUCACUCUAGGGGAGGAACGAGGCUCCGUACGGGUUGAGUGUGGAGAUACUUCCCGGGUUCACUGCCGAGUGCUUUUAGUUCCCCUUCUCUUUUAGUUCCUACUAUCGGUGGCCAUCGCCAGUGCUCAAUGAUGCCGUCGCUCGUAGGGUUCCUGUUGGUUUUGGGCACCGCCACCUCGGGUCUUUAUUUGCUGUCAGUGCGGCUGCCCGGAGAGCCGCGGGCGGGAAGUGGGUCACUAAAGUUCCCUUCAGACCUAAAGGAACUGCAAGAGCUUGCAGAGUUUCUACGAUACUACAAUAGAGAGCAUCAUAUGUAUGUGCUGCUGCUGUUCUGCAGUGCCUACCUAUACAAGCAGUGUUUUGCCAUACCUGGGUCCAGCUUUCUGAAUAUUCUUGCUGGAGCUCUCUUUGGACCAUGGAUGGGACUUUUCUUGUGCUCUGUUUUGACAUCUGUGGGAGCCACCUGCUGCUAUGCAUUGUCCAAUAUGUUUGGGAAAAAAAUUGUUAUUUACUAUUUUCCUCAAAAAGUUGCAACACUUCAAAGAAAGGUGGAAGAGAACAGGAAUUCUUUGUUCUUUUUCUUGUUGUUUCUGAGGCUAUUCCCCAUGACUCCAAAUUGGUUUUUGAAUCUCACGUCUCCAAUCCUGAACAUCCCUGUGACUCAAUUCUUCUUCUCUGUUCUCAUAGGCCUCAUCCCAUAUAACUUCAUCUGUGUCCAAACGGGCUCAAUCCUUUCACAGAUCACCUCUCUGGAUGCCAUUUUCUCCUGGAGUACUUUACUCAAACUGCUAGCUAUUGCCAUGAUGGCAUUGAUUCCUGGGACUCUUAUUAAGAAAUUCAGUCAGAAGCAUCUCAACCUGGACAAAAGUACCUUGUGUGUUCAUCUCAAUGGAAAGAAGAGCAACUGAAAUAGUCUAGGUUGAGGCCAGAUACUGAGAAGCCUAUUUAUGGGAAAGGUGCAAUUUUUUCAACCAGGUACUCUGUUUACUAGCUUGGGCAUCUCGUCUUAAAUACUUAAAAGUAAAAGAACAGAGACUCUUGUUUCUCAUUUUUAAAAGGUGCUUGUGACUGUUUCAGUGAAUCAUGUACCUGUAAUGCUGUCAAGAAGAAUGGAAAAUGUUUUCUGCCAUGUGGUUUUAAUCUCCUUUCCAUAAGAUGUUAAAGGCUGUAUGCCAUGGGGAAUUCUGAAUACCAAGAACUGUCUGGAAUUUAAGUCGGAGGUUGCUUCUGUCAUGGAGAGGAUAUUUAAGAACUGGUCACCUAUGAAACAGUUUCCAGGUUAUGUCCAAAUAACAGCACUGAAAAUGGAAUAAUGUAGCUUUUGCUAACAAGCGACUGUAUUUGAAUUUACUAUGUGAGUCACAGCUAAGAGCGAGUCACAGCUAAGAAUUUACUAUGAGUGUCACAGCUAAGAGCAGCAGGAAUUACAGUUCUCCCCUUCCCUUCCCUUUGUGUUGGGAGACAUGGUAUUAACAGUGGCUAUCUACUGCCUUAUCUUUGUACCAGCACUUGCUUUACUGGCCAUAAUUAUGGUGGUUCUUCUAAAGUACUUCAGGACAGCAUUCCUGAUUUUUACAAAACUAGGCCAUUAAGGUCACUGUGUAGAAGCCAUGUGGAGACAAAAAACUAUUCCUGCAAAUACCUAUUGACCAGUAGUGGAAAUGAAUAAAUUCUUGUCUUUGUGAUUUCCAAGUGGUUGGAACAAGGGUGAGGAACCUGUGACCCUCAGCUUGUUUUGGACUUCAGCUGUAAGAACACAUAGCCAGUCUGGCCAGUGGUAAGGGAUGGGGGCUAUAGACUAAAAAGUGGGAGGGUCAAUCCCUGGGUUAAAGCGAAGUACAAGAUACCUCUUUAAAAGGUAGCUGUUGAUAUGAUUACCUCUUUUUUUCCUGUGGUAGAGCACAGAUUUAAAACUUUUUUUCUAAAGCACAGGUGAGCAAUAUCUGGUCCACCAGAUAUGGAUUGUGGCACCUGUCAUCUCUCACCAUUGAUGAGGCUGCUGAAGGCUGUUGCUAUUGAACAGCAGGUAUAGGGCCACAACUUGCCCAGCCUGUUAGGCUUUAGUAUGAUUUAUGAAAAGAGUUUCUCUGUUUAUGAUGCACUAAACUGGAUUGAGAAGAACAGUAACUGAUGCUCUGAAUUUGGCAUCCUGUUUUCCUUGAAGAAUUGAAAUAAUUAUGCUGAUAUGUAGUCAUUGGACUAACCUAGACUUCCAUCAGAGGUUACAAUUGAGAGAGAACUCUCAAUUUGGCCCCACCUUCCCUAACCUAGUACUUUGGGAAAGGGGGAUGUCUUCUAAAUGAGAGCAUUGCAUGUUUGUGUUUCUCAGUGGCGUAAGAUCAAAAUAUGGUAUACACUAGCUCAAGCCCACUCUUCAUCUCAGUGUUCUUCUAUCUCUGCCAUAUUCAGAUGUACUCUUUGCAAAACUAUCUUCAAAUAGUACACUAAAUGUUAGAUUGUUACGUACUCUAGACCACUUUUUGAUGUCUGAAGUGAUCCAACCUGCAGAGUAUUAGACCAGCAAGACCUUCAGUGAGUGGAUGGAUUUCUUGUGAAAAUUAAUCCAGAUGCAGCAUCAUUGGGUUCUCUGUUAUCUUGUGUGCUUCAGGAAAGUAAUGGUGUUAUGCCAAACACAUCACUGUUUUGGGGAAUGGUAUUUCUUGCCUCUAUGUCAAUUGUAUAUGCCAGGAAGAUACUUAUAAAAGACUGGUCUGAGUAGUUGCACUGUGGCAAUAUGCAACUAAGAGAAGUGUCUGUGACAUGAAUAAGUAUAAGCAACAAUGAGGUGCCUUACCAAUUGUAAAUUUAUGUUUCCACGGAAAUUGUAUUCUUACUGGAUAAAUGGCAGUUAAACCUU